AUGGAACCUCCUUUUCCACUACUGCGGCUUCCCAAGAAUGUCAUCAUCAAAGUGAUCAAGAAUUUUCCUUUGAAUCAAUUGUUCGUGUUUUCCCUUGUCUCAACGAAAACGAAGAAUCUCGUGACAUCAUUGGGAUUAAAAGCAAGCGAUGUUGACAUCAUCUUUUGGCGCGGUAUUCGGGUAAUUGUGUUCAUUGGAAAAUCCCAUUUGGUUCUGGAUUUCUAUAAAGAUUCGAUUGAUCUGAAUGCGGCAGUAGAUAUAACUCUUCCAGUUGCUGCUUAUGUUGUAUGUGAAGGCCCAAGAACUCAAUCAACAACUCCAUUAUUCAACUUCAGCGAUUGGUUGAAUCACAUCAAGACCGUAUUCUGUUGCAAUCAGCCAUCGAAAGUUUUUUUUUGUCUAGGCUGUGAAAGAUUAGAAAUCGAUUCGUUAAAAGAAAUAAUUGGAAAUGCCAAUAAGCUCAUUCUGAGCACAUCAUUGACAGACGAUGAGAGCAGGAAAGUUUUGAAAUGUUUCAAUACUCUUAACGAAUUGUAUCUCUAUAAAAACCCAUUUGAAAAUGCUUGUCAGAUUCAACAAAUCUUCAUUCAAAACUGCGAAAUUGUCGAAUUUUUUGGAGUUUAUUCAUUAGAUGACAUGUUAAUGGUCAACAGUGAACAAGUCAAAUUCUGGCGUCCAAUAUCACUGAAACAGUUCAACCAAUUCAUGAAACACUGGAUCCGUGGGUCUAAUCCAAGACUACAACGCAUGUAUCUACCAAUCGAUAAAACUGAUUUCGUCAACGGAAAAAUCUACUUAAAAGGAAUCAGAUGCAUGAAAAUGAGUGAAGAAGCUAAAAGAGAAAUCCGUCGGAAGCACGACCUGUCAAGUUAUGCUGAUGUGAUAAAGAUCAGACGGAAAGACGGGACACCUGCAGUGAUUGGGAUCAAUGAAUUUGAUGAUAUUCUCGCUAUCAGAUUGAUUGUUUUAGACUGA